AUGCGCAGAUGGGCGCUGGAAAGGAAGGUUCCGAAUUUGCUCUCCGGACUGUGCCUGCACGUGGCGUUCCUCCUGGGCGGCGUCCUGCUGUCCCACGGUGACAGGACACCAGAGGAACUGGCCGCCAUCAUGAACUGCUCCAAGCAGGACCGGAACGGCCGGAAUUACGACUACAUGGAGGGCGGCGACGUGCGCAUCCGCCAGCUGUUCAGCCGGACGCAGUGGUUCCUCACCGUGGACGACAGUGGCAGCAUCAACGGCACGCAGGACCCCACAAACUGCUACAGUAUUCUCGAAAUUCGGACGGUCUCAGAGGGGGGCAUUCUGGCCAUCAAAGGGGUCAAAAGUCAGUUCUACAUCUCCAUGAACCGGACAGGCACUCUGCAAGCAGAGAGAUCCUACAGCGAGAGCUGCAACUUCAAGGAGGUCUUCCUAGAAAACUAUUUCAACGCGUACUCCUCCUCCAAGUGGACUAAGCCCAACGGAAAGGAGAUGUUCAUCGGCCUGUCUCAGAGGGGCCGGCCGCUGAGGGGGAGAAAGACCCGGAAGGAGAACAUCUCCAGCCACUUCAUCCCUCUGAAAUGCAGGGAGGAAGAGAAGAGGGUGGAGUGAUCCGACAGGAUGGAGGAGAGGAUGAUGAAGGGAGUCUGGAAGAAGGACACGUGAAGACCGGUGACCUCGCUCUGGAGUCAUGAGGGGAGGCGAGGCGAUCACAGUGUUUCACAUGUGUGGUGCAUUGUGGGUUAUAUUUGUUUCAUUCAUGUGCAUUGUGGGUAAUAGUUAUUUGACAUGCAUUGUGUGUCACACAGUUGGGGCACGCUCAUUUUACUGUAGCUGCUGUCCAAUGAACUGCAGUCCAAUGAACUGUGGUCAGACAAGUGGAUGUACAGUGUGAAUUAAUCACCACCACCUUUGAGGGGCAUUUUUAAAGCACACUUGCUUUUUUUUAUUUGUUUGUUUAUUUGUUUUUCUUAUGAAGUGGCAACAUUUGUAAGAAAUGAAGGAACACAAAUAAGGCUUUCGUUAUUUUGCAUAAUGUAAGAGAACUAAAAUAUGUAAAAAAAAUUCUAUCCUGUAGUAUUAAGGUAAGGUUUGUAGUACAGUGGAAUAUGCUAGAUGCUUGGAAUGCUGGAAGACAAAGACAA